AUAACAUAAAUAUUUUUAUUAAAAAAAGUUAAAAAUUAUCGAUUCAUGUCCUAACUUGGCGUCCAGUGUGGUUGAUGAAAUUUCAAAAAAAAGAAGAGCGGCUGAGUUGAGUUUUCUCACGAAUGUUUAGAUCUCCCAAACCUCUCUCUUUAUGCAUUCCCAGAUGCGUUAUUCGCCAACAUUUUCUCCAAAUUUGCGAAAAAUACACUCACCUACAUAAAAACAGAAUCGAAGAUGACCAUAAUGGAAAAUAUAGAAAGAAAAAGGAAAAUCACGAAGUUUUUUUACAGCUGCACAAAAGCAGGGGACAACACCUUCUUACUAAUCAACGUGUUCUCGAUUCAAUUGUUCAAAAAUCCGAUAUAAGAUCCACAGACACCGUUCUCGAAAUCGGUCCUGGCACUGGAAAUCUCACUCUCAAGCUUCUUGAAGUUGCUAAACAUGUCAUAGCUGUAGAGAUUGACAAGCGUAUGAUUGAGAUUCUUAAUAAGCGUGUUGCGGAAUGCGGGUUUGAACAUAAGAUUACGGUGAUUAAUAAGGAUGCAUUGAAGGCUGAGUUUUCAGAGUUUGAUCUUGUUGUGGCCAACAUUCCGUAUAAUAUUUCGUCGCCCUUGUUGGCGAAGUUGUUAUUUGGGAGUAGUACGUUUCGUAGUGCAACUCUUUUGCUUCAGAAAGAAUUCGCGAGGAGGCUUUUGGCUAAUCCUGGUGACUCUGAUUAUAAUCGUCUCGCUGUGAAUGUGAAGUUGGUAGCUGAUGUUCAGUUUGUUAUGGAUGUGAGCAAGAGAGACUUUGUUCCUUGCCCUAAGGUCGACUCGUCCGUGGUCAUGAUUUUCCCGAAAGAUGAUGUUCCUUACAAAGAUCUUGAUGAAUGGGGUGCUUUUACAAAGACAUGCUUCACGAAGAAAAACAAGACAUUGGGUGCAACUUUUAAGCAGAAGAAGAAGGUUAUGGAGUUGUACAAGUUGUUUAACAGGAGAGACUUGAGCGAAGAAGAGAAGUCUGCUGAUGGCUGUAGUAAUGAUCGCUGCAAUGACGAGGACGGAGAAGUGAAAGAAGAUUGUAGCGACGAGGAAGCUUGUGAUCAGUUGUCUGGCUUAGAUACUGGAGUCAGUAACUUCAAGGACAAAAUCAUGGCGGUACUAAAAUCAGGUGGAUUCGAUGAUAAGAGACCCUCAAAACUACCCAACACAGAGUUGCUGAAACUGCUGCUUUUAUUUAAUCAAGCCGGAAUAUACUUUUAUGAUCAAGCAAGACCUGCAGAUGAUGAGUUUUUACCCAACUAGCAAUUUUCUUGACUGUGUGUCAACUAAAGUACAUGUUUUUGCAUGAAUACACCAACAGAAAAUUGUUAUCUUCACAGCACUAUGGAAUGCGAAGUUGAUGCACUUAUCCAUUUUAGCUACUGCACUUGUUUUUAGCCCAUUUUUACUUGUCUUCAUUUUUUGGGAUUAAAGCCCAGAGGUUUUUGGGUACUGUUGAAGUCUUUUAAAGAGCCUUUAAGGGCCCAGGGACCGUCUGGAAGUGAAAAAUGAAAUAUUAUUGA